ACAAUCAUCUGCCCUGCCGUCACCUCCGCUUCCUCCGUCGUCCCGUUACCACCACGCAAGCAAUUUACCUUUCAACAGUCACAGACAUGCGGGCCCCAGUGGGCGCUCGCUUCAUGGACCCCACUUCCAGCCACCCAACCCCACCUUCUCCGACCACCCCCCUCCCGUUCCGUUUCGUCGACUAGUCUCCAAGCACAAACUCGGCAACUGCUGAGCUGCCCCCAACUCAUCUGCUGACCCUCCUCCCUCCCUCCUCAGAUCUCGAUGCGGCGCAAGCUCGCCGGCGACGCGCCGCCGUCGGCGGGCGGCGGACACGCGCCGUCCGCCUCCGCGCCGUCCGAGGCGGACCUCGCGCAGCUCUCCGCCGCCAUCGCGGCCGGGGAGGACCUGGGCCCCUUCGUGCGCCGGGCGUUCGCGUGCGGCCGCCCCGAGCCGCUGCUCGCCUCGCUCCGCGCCGCGGUGCGGGACCGGGAGGCUGAGAUCGAGGAGCUCUGCCGCGCCCACUUCCACGACUUCAUCCGCGCCGUCGACGACCUCCGCUCCCUCCUCGCCGACGCCGACGCGCUCAAGGGCUCCCUCUCGGCGUCCCACUCCGCGCUCCUCUCCUCGGCGGCCCCGCUGCUCGCCUCGCUCGAGUCCUUCCUCGCCGCGCGCUCGCUCGCGGGGAACCUCUCCUCCGCCCUCGCCUCCUCCCGCCGCUGCGUGCGGCUGCUCGCGCUCGCGGCGCGGGCGAACGCGCACCUCCAGGCCGGCAACCACGGGCUCUACCUCGCCCUGCGCGCCGUCGACGCCAUCGACCGUGAUCUCGCCUCGGGGCCGGAGCCGCUGCCGCUCCCCACGCUCCGCCGCAUGCUGCUUAGCGUCGUCCCUGCCAUGCGCGCCCACGCCGAGCGCGAGAUCUCCAGGGAGUUCUCCGACUGGAUGGUCAGCAUCCGCGCCGCGUCGAGGCACCUUGGUCAGGUGGCCAUCGGCCGCUCGGCUGCUGCCAGGCAGCGCCAGGAGGAGCUCCGCUCCAAGCACCGACCGCUGGAGGAGUGCAUCACUCUGGAUGACGAUGGAGUGGGUGACCUUGAUGAUUUUGCGGCAGCCGCGGCAACAGCUGAUGCUGCAGAUGGUGCUGCUGCAGCCUCGUUUGACCUUACACCACUCUAUCGAGCGAUGCAUAUACACCAGACGCUGGCGCUGGGUGAGCAGUUCAAGAAGUAUUACCUGGAGAACAGGAAGCUGCAGCUUACUUCGGACUUUGAUGUCAUUGCGGCGACGCCAUUCCUCGAGUCCCACCAGGUGUUCUUCUCACAGAUUGCUGGGUUCUUUAUUGUUGAGGACCGGGUGUUCAGAACAGGGGGUGGGCUCUCAUCUCGGCCAGAUGUAGAUGCACUCUGGGAUGCUGCCGUGGGGAAGAUGGUCUCUGUGAUGGAGGAUAAUUUCUCCAGGAUGCAGACAGCAAACCACUUGCUUCUCAUAACUGAUUAUGCUGCUUUACUUUCUGCCACAAUGCGGCGUUAUGGUUAUCCAGUAGGGAUGCUGCUUGAUGUGCUCGCUAGGCACAGAGACAAGUACCAUGAUUUGCUACUUGCAGAUUGCCGUAGACAGGUGGCGGAGGCACUGGCCGCAGAUAAGUUUGAUCAGAUGCUCAUGAGAAAGGAGUAUGAGUACUCAAUGAAUGUUCUUGCAUUUGGGAUUCAGAGCUCAGACAUUACCCCGGCUUUCCCAUAUGUUGCUCCAUUCUCAUGCACUGUCCCAGACAUUUGCCGAAUUGUUCGUUCAUUCAUUGAAGAUUCUGUGAGCUUCAUGGCACAUGGUGGUGGUGGGGACACCUAUGCAGCAGUGAAAAAGUACCUUGGUCGGAUCCUCUCUGAGGUGGUGGAUGCCUCGAUUCAGAAGCUUGUGGAUUCAGGCAGUGGUCUAAGUGUGUCCCAGGCAAUGCAGGUUGCUGCUAACAUGUCUGUCAUGGAGCGGGCAUGUGAGUUUUUCACACGCCAUGCUGCUCAACUGUGUGGUGUGCCGUUACGCGCCGUGGAGCGUGGUCGGCGUGACUUCCCACUUCGCAGGUCGCGCGAUGCUGCGGAGGCGCUCCUGCUGCGGCUAUUGCGUGCCAAGGCUGAUGAGUUCAUGAGGCAAUCUGAUGGUGUCAACUGGAUGGCUGAUGACCCUCCUCCUGGCGGCAAUGAGUAUGCGAACGAGGUCAUCAUCUAUCUUGAGACGCUCACGUCAACUGCGCAGCAGAUCCUCCCUCUUCCUGUUCUCCGCCGUGUACUUGUGGCAGUGCUUGCCCACAUCUCAGAGAGGAUUGUUGAUCUCUUCUUGAAUGAUUCAGUAAAACGUUUCAAUGCGAAUGCAGUCACUGGUAUAGAUACUGAUCUCAAAAUGUUUGAGGCGUUUGCAGAGGGCAUGUCCAGCCUAUUCGAGGACUCUGAUCAAGAGUCCGUGAAAAAUGAAAUGAAGGCUGCACUUGUGGAAGCAAGACAGCUGGUGAAUCUUCUUAUGAGCAAUAGUCCAGAGACAUUCCUAAAUCCGGUGAUCCGUGAAAAGAACUACAACAAGCUAGAUUAUAGAAAGGUUGCAAUCAUCUCUGAGAAGUUUAGGGAUACGUCAGAGAGUUAUUUCUCAACAUUCGGAACAAGGGGUGCCAGACAGAACCCAAAGAAGAAAUCUCUGGAUACCCUGAUCAAGAGGCUCAGAGAAGCCAGCUAGAUCUGCUAGUGCCCUCCUAGAAAAAACUAUCAACCUAGGAGAAACUAUGUGGCACUAAGUAGGCACCCAAAUUCAAGUCAAAGGAUUCAAAUCUGGGUGGUUGGGGUCUGCACCGACACGUCCCACCAGUUGAGCUAAGUAGUUCCUUUCUAUUAUAAGAUACAAAUUUUCAUUUGUUGUUUUUUUAGACAUUUUUCAUUUGUUGCUUUGAGACGACAGUACUUAUAUUGUUUCGAAGCUGAAGGAUUGGCUGGCAAAUUAUUUGACAGAGGGAACAGUAUGAGUGACCUUUUCUUUUCACGUCGAAAGAAAACAGAUUUCUGUUCAACGCUUUAGCUCAUUGUAGAUUAUCUUUUAUAAAUUCUGAAAGAUAAUUAAGAAACCUAAUUCAAAGGAAUACAAUGUCUGUUUUGUCUUGAGUAGAACAGUGGUAUGUGUAUGUUAACUUGAGGAAAUUACAGCGCCUCACAUGAAUCAUCUUUUUUUAGUUGCAUUUAGGGGCUUUGGAGUCUGGGUGGGUGUAUUAAAUUCGGUGGUGACAGGUAGAUGACUGUUUGCAGCUGCAGAUCAUUAUUGACUUUUUUUGUACCAAUUUAAGAAUAUGUUUAUAGAGAAACCAGAUCCAUAGGGUAUACACUGUUCCAUUCCUCUCUAUGUAGAAUAAUGCUACGCAAGCGUAGGAUUAAAUUAAACACUUAAGAGUCAAGUGUGCUUGACAUUUAUAUUAAACACUUAGGUGUCAACUAUGCCUGACAUUGUUAUUUAACUAACAGCAUUGGUAUAUGCUAUAUGAUUAAUGAACACUCGAUUUUUUGUAAUAAUUUGCACGAUCUUAUGCAGUACUAUAAGGCAUGGAACUAUCUUGACAUUGUAUUUAGAUUUGAAAAAAUCAAGUUCCAAAUUUUUUUACUAAGAGCAUGUGUAUGGUGAACAAUUUUUCAUUAGAUUUGUUUAUUUUUUUUAUAAUUAGUGGAGUUUCCAAUCCACGCAUAGAAGUAAAAUUGUAUGGCCAAGCUUGAGGCAUUUAAUUUCUCUUGUGCCUGUGCUUUAUGGCAUUCUGCAGUAUCAUGCUUAUACAGUCAUGCAGUUUCUUUUGUGCACCACCCAAAUAGUGCUAAUGGCCAUGAGAGGCAUACUUUGCACGCUAACCCAGACAAUCAGUGAUGGAAUCUUGAAAGUUUUGCUAAUUUAGGCAAAGUUUGUUCCAUUCUUACUAUCUGUGUAUGGCUACUUUGUCUAGCUUACCCUAUAAAGGAAAAACUCUAUUGCCGAUCAAAGUUCUCAGAUAGAGAAGUGCUGAAACUGUUUUCGGUCAGGUGACUUGGUGUUGUUAACAUGAUGUUUAAAUACAGUCCAUGACUUAAGGGGAAAGGUUGACAUGUAACAGUCCAUGGCCUGCUUAAGUUUUGCAUUUAGAAAUGAAAACUUUUUCUUGUGAUUACUGGUAACUAGUGGUCAGAUGUUGGUUUUCAUGCCAGGAACUGUCAUUUUAAGCAAGUCAUUUAUGUAAACCAUAUCUUUGUGACUAAUUUAAGGCAGAAUAUGAAUAUGUCUACUGCCCCAAGAACAGUGACAGUAGUGGUGGUUCAUUUGAAUUGGUAGCUUUACUGUUUUGGCUUCCCUUAACUCAAUUCAUCUUGCAAUUAUUAUGCAAUGCUAUCUAUUCUUCUACACCUUUCACAUAAGAUAUAUGGGCCGUGUUGAUGUCCAAAAUCACUUGUGAAGAGGACAUCGAGGUACAUGUUGGCAUUAUCUUUUGGUAGACUAUGCAUAGUCAUUUGCACAAAAAACAUCUCAUCCAUGCACAUAUAUUUACAACCUUGGUCAUGGCAUAAAAAAUGCUCGAACCUGUGCACAUUGAUUUAUAUUGUAAAGGUGAUCAACUUAUUUGUUUUAGAUAAAAUAAAGUAGGCACGUUUCUUGUAGCGGCAAGAUUCGUUGAUCUUUCCGUAGACAUCAAUACUUUUUUCAUAAUUUGCCACAUUGUUUUAUGCUUGAACCUGAUGAAAAUAGUCAUCCUGUGCCAUGCCAUGCUACCGACUGUUUCUGAUGACGUUGCAGAGAGCCGGCGUAUAAGUAGCAUGUCAUUAAAUGUUGCUAAAGGAAACGCACAUGACUGUUACCUUUUACACGUCUGUAUAAGUUUACCGCUAUUUACAAUAUUGAUUUUUAUACAUAAGCAUAUGUCCCAUGUUUCCAUAUGUAGUCUAAGCAUAUGUUAACUUAUUGAUCCUGCAUUCUAUACGGCUAUACCUAUAUGUGGCAUAUUGCCGUAUUUAGAGAAAGUUUAAGCCUACUACUACCGAGCUUAAUAAGUCAUACAAUAGUAAACGUAGGUUAACCCUACGCGCCGCCGUUCUUGUUCGCGGCGAAACAUUAAUCUCUCGCUAUGGAGGAAGCGGACGCGAGGCCAAGCAAGAAGGCCCGCCGGCCGGGUGCCGGUUCCGGCGGCCUGACGCUGUUCGCCCUCCGCUUGGCGAAGCAGCUCUCCGAGGGCGACAGCUCCGGUGACAACCUCGUCUUCUCGCCGCUGUCCAUCUACGCCGCGCUGGCCCUGGUGGCGGCCGGGGCAGGGGGCGAGACCCUGGACGAGUUCCUCGCCCUGCUCGGCGCGGCGUCGUGCGACGAGCUCGCCGAGUUCGUCCGCGGCGUGGCGGAGGGCGCCCUCGCGGACAGGUCCGGCUCUGCCGGCGGGCCGCUCGUCGCCUUCGCGUGCGGCGUCUGGCACCAGGAGACGCUGGCGUUGAGGCCGGCCUACCGCGCCGCCGCCGUGGAGUCCUACAAGGCAGAGGCGCGCCACCGAUUUCCUCGGGAAGCCAGAGGAAGCACGAAAGCAGAUAAACAAAUGGGUCUCGAAGGCCACGAACAAACUCAUCACCUCAAUCCUCCCUAAACGUUCCGUGGAUCCCUCAACAGUCCUCGUGCUCGCCAACGCCAUCUACUUCAAGGGCAAGUGGUCCAAGCCCUUCGAGGAGAAGAAGACCAAGGACGGGGAAUUCUACUGCCUUGACGGCAGCCGCGUGCGCUCGCCGUUCAUGCGCUGCUCCUGGGAAGAACAGCUGAUUGAGGAGCACGACGGGUUCAAGGUGCUCAAGCUACCCUAUCGCAACUCCGAUGAUGAACGCGCGCGGUUCUCGAUGUGCUUCUUACUCCCGGACGCCCGCGACGGCCUGCCCAUCCUCGUCGCCAAGAUGGCGUCCAACACUCCAGCUCCGGCAGCUUCCUGCGAGACCACUUGCCCAAGAGGCGCGUCAAGGUCGGCGAGCUCCUCCUGCCCAAGUUCCAACACAAGGCGGUUAUCGAGGUGAACGAGGAGGCUGCAGCCUCCACCGCUUGCGUGCUCGUAAAGGGGAAAACCGAAAACCCCAAGUUUUGGUCGCAUGGAUUUCAUCGCUGACCAUCCUUUUGUGUUCUGCAUGGUGGAGGAGGUGUCUGGUGCAGUCGUCUUCAUGGGACACGUCCUAGACCCUACAAGGUCAGAGUAGAAGAAGAUGGAGGAGAGUUGUACUAGUCUUCAGCUGGAUGAUAAUUAUCGUAAUAUAUAGCAUGUUUGCUUUAUUGUUAGCAUACAUAGUUAAGUAUCCGUUUCAUCGGCUAACUAGUUUUUAUUAUGAGUUCUGAAAGAUAUAUACAAUUAUCCAAGGACGAGCAGAUAAUUAUCUCUUGUAUUCAAUUUCUGUGUAUUUGUGACUUUGUGUUGGAAUCGAAAUAAAAUAAAUAAACAUCACAUGCAAAA